UUUGUUGUCUUAAUGACGUCACAGUUCGUGACCUUUUCGCGCCAUCUUAGCUAUUUCGUCAACAGCUGAGUUGGCUGGUGGGAGGUUUGCAGCUGUGACGGAGGUGGUACAGCUGCAACCAUGCUGGUGCGGCUGCUGCUGCUGCUGGUGUACCUGUGUCUGCUGCUGGUGGCUGUACGACUCCUGGAAGCAGCCACCUGGUUUGAGGCUGGUUUUCUUGCAGGACAGGUGCUAGAUCCACUGUCCAUCAGUGUGCGGAGAUUGAAAAUGAUCCUGGAUUCCCGAGGCAUCAGUUAUAAAGGCGUGUUGGAGAAGAAAGAACUGACUGACCUAGUGGAGAACUCAGGUGAACCAAAGGAAGGUGAGGUUUUGCUGGCUGCCGAGGACGAAGAUACAGAACCAACCAGCACCAACUUUACUGGAAGGGCCCACUUCUAUGAGGAGGUGGAAGACACCAAGGACAGUGUUUGGCUUGUACAGGUCAUACCUGAGGACCACAUUCCCUUAUUAGGGCCCCAGCAGUGGAAGAGUCUGGUUAGAAAAGUCUCACGGUUUGGAAUACGAACAGGAACCUUCAAAUGUCAGCUGGACAGAAAACUGUGUUGGAGGAAAGGCUGGGACCGACCCAGCUUGGCCCUGGCCCUCCCUCGGGGUCACCAGGCCAAAGGCCACAUCUCUGUGCAAGUCUUCAACACCCCCAGCAAAGAGCAGACCAUUCUAGACUGGAUCAACCAACAUCUGUCAUCUCGAACCCACUCUGUUCUGUCACCACACCAGUUACAGACAGAUUGGUUAAUGAAGAACCGGACACAUCCGGUUCAAGUGGUCUUCUUCUCCCGACUGAAGCAGCCUCCCAUGUUUUACUCUGCCCUGAGUGUCAAAUUCACCGGAAGAGUCAAGUUUGGCUACAUGAGGUUGAACAACAGUCGUAACCGUCUGGACAUAUCUGGGAGAGAAAAGAUUCCUGGCAUCCUGGUCAUUACUCCAGAGAGGAGGUACUGGUAUGGGACAGGCAAGGGAGAGCUGCUGAACUUGCAGUCUAUGCAGACGUACUUAAGGACUAUGCAACCUGAGGUGAACGACAUCUUCCUGGUGUGUGUGGUAGUGGUGAACCUGAUGGCAGUGCUGGAAGUGUUCCUGUGUGGAGGACAGGUUGGGGUGGGGGUGCUGAGGCUGCUGUGGGCUGUUGGGAAAUACAACUGUGUGCUGCUGAUGGUGUGUCUGCCUGUGGUGGGGCUGUUCCAGCUGCCCUGUAUGGAGGGUGUGGUCCAGGCAGGACUCACGGCGCUCCGCAACAUCAGCAGCUCUGGUCUUGUGGCCCAGGCACGGCAAGACUGGCUCCUCUACUCCUCUCACAAACCAUUCCUCGUGGGAACUUUCCUACUCUACAGCAUGGCUGUAGGCAUCGUAGCAUCCAGAUGGAAGUCUGGGGAGGAGAUGGCUUCGGAGACAACACCAACAGAGCAGGCUGGGACCAACGGAUGGUGGAGCUCAUUCAUGAACUACCUAUUUCAACCAAUCAGCACCUUCAAUCACACCCGUCCACCAAACCUUAUUGGACUAGAGGAUGGACUUGAUUACCUGAUAGAACGGCUGGCUGUUCCGGACUUGUGGCUCCACCCUGUCAUUCCCACUGAUUAUGUACGAAAUUUACCCGUCUGGCUGUAUAAGGGGAAAAUGCCCCUUGUGAGAAAAGUGUGCUCCAAGUGUUGUGGCUGGGGGGGAUCUGCUGAUCAGGCAGCUAUGGUAAUGAAGUUGCCAACUGUUGGUCACACUGAGUCCAACCGUGUCAUGAGUUUGCCCCCCUCCCCACGCCGCCCAGGCCAUAGACCCCCCUCUCCAUCCCGUCAUCCAUCACAAGCCCACAAAUGUAACAAGACCCGCUCCACAGAUGAUACCCCGUUAAGUUAUUCAGAUAACCAUAGCUCUGAUCAGGCAAAAUGUACCUGCGGGGAAAGGUCAAAAGGUGCAUCUGAUCAUGGUAAUGUGUAUGGUCAUGAUGUGAACGUUCCAUCCAAACAUAACAACUCCCCUUCAGGCCACGGCCCGCCACCUGUAAUGCCCACUCCCAGUCUGGACAAACCUUGUACAUGUGGAAACCCCCAACAGACCUCCUCUGCCUCAGGUUUCCCCCUGGGGAUCCUCCCCUGUGAAGACUGUGCCAUCUGUCUGGAGGAGUAUGAGGUGGGGUGUUCCCUUCUUGGCCUGCCCUGUGGACACAGCUUCCAUGAGAGGUGCAUCAUGAUGUGGCUGUCUGCAGGGAACCAUUGCUGCCCAGUGUGCCGCUGGCCAGCAUUCAAAUUUAAACCUGCACUCCAUCUCCACUCUGAGUAACCUCAAAUUAACCUAUCAGUGUGCACCUUAGUUCCAUCUCCAUUCAGUCAUGUCAGAAUUCUAAUGUGAACCUAAGCUCCAUUACCACUCAUAAUAAACCCAUGUCAGCCUUUUAUUAUAACCUUGGCUCCAUUAGCACUCCAAGUAAACCCAUGUCACCUACAAAGGGUACAGCUGUGGUCUUGCGCUAUUUGUCAUAAUGUUUCAGUAAAUUGCUACAAAUUAGAUGUAACUAGUGGUAUGAUCAGCCCGAAAUGUUUGAAUUCUUUACUGAUGUCGAAUCAUGUGUAACUAACUUUACCUGGUUUGAUCUUGCUGUGGUUUGAGUGAAUAUGACUCUUUAUGAGGGGUGUACAUGUAGAAUGCAUGUGUCCGAUUCAGAAUUGAUUACAUGGUGAAUAACCACUUUGUUAUUUCUGCCAAAUAGUAGCGUUCUUGUCAUAUGGCUUUGCAAACAUACUUCUAGAGAUAGACACUAACAGGUGUUAUUUGAUGUAACUUAUCUUGUCCAAAUAUUUUAUUUCUUUGAGUCAUGAAAUAUUCAAGGAAGGUGGGAGAUUUAUUAAAAGCUUUAAAGUAGGUGCCACAGAAAGUCCUCAGAUUUUAUUGUAGUGGAAUGAUUACAGAUUCGGAUUUAAGCCAAAAUUACAGAUUUGAGAAUUAUCUGUACUGCAUAUAAGCAAACCACCUAAAUAUCAGUUUUAUAAAGUCUGUCUAUUAAAGAGAUACCUAAUACACAAUGGUGCCAUGCAAAAAUGACACAUCUAGACAGUCAUAAUGGAGUCAUGGCUACACAAUACAUAGGGAAAAUUGCCAUGUAGACAUGAGGCCAUUAAACAGAAUGGUACAAGCAAA